AUGACGCACCGAUCGAGUCCCUCGGCGUACGGCCACCUCGUGGUCGACGUACACGACGCACGAUCGAUCACGACCCCGAAAUCCACCAAGAAAUUCAUCUCCAGCUACUCCAGACUCCUGUGCGUCGUCGAGUGCGCCGACGGACGACACCGCACGCGAUCGCGACGAACGAUGAGCGGAAACGCGACGUGGAACGAACGCGACGCGAUCGUGACGUUCGAACGAGCGGUGGACGUGGAUGAAGAUUUCGUGCGAAUCAGCGUGUGGGACAAGCGCGGACGGGAGGCGCACGAGUGUCGCGGAAGCGCUCGGAUCGCUCUGAGAGAUCCGGCGAUCGAGCGUGGGCUCGUGACCGUGGUCUCGUUGGUCGAUGGGGAUGGGGGGUACGCGGGGGAGGUCAAGUUACGAGCGCGCGUGGUGGGUUUGGUUGAGGCGACGCGCGAGCCGGGCGACGCGCGGGUGGAGGAGUCUGUCGAGUCGGAGGCGGUUGAGGACGAGAUGGUCGUUCGUACGGAGAUGACGCCCGUGCACUCGAGCGGGGAGGAAGAGGAAGAGGCAGGAGAAGAGGAAGAAGAUGUGAACACAGAAGUUGAGGGAAGCGCUAGCGAGGACGUAGAGGUCGAGGACGCGAAGGAAAUAGAAGAGGAAGAAGCGGAGGCGGAGGACGACGAGUGGAGCGCCGCCCUGAAACCAAGCCGGGCGAAGCCGAAUGAGGUUGAUGAAGUGACGUCGACGGACGAUGAUGGUAAAAUCACGAACGCUGCGGUUGAGCGCGCGACCGCGCGCGAUGCGAUGAUGGCGGAGAUCUGGGGAGAGGAUUCCACUGAUGACAUCGUCAUGGUGACGCCGCCGCACAGCGUGACAAAGUCUCGCUUUAAGGAGGAUAACUCCAGUAAUGACGAACGUGCGCGAGCGUUACAGGAGCUCCACACAUUUCGCCACGUGGCGUCCCCCAUCAAGGCGGAUCGCGCGCGCGCGCCGGAGAAGGCUAUCGCAUCACCAACUCAAGCAGUCGCACACGCGGAGGCGAGCGAAAUGGACGCGACACCAAAUCUCGCCCCGGCGUCGCCAGAGCGACCGCUCAAGCCGGCGUUGAAGACGGACACUCCGUCGGAAAACGUCGAGUUGGAUCAGGUCGCGAUGGUUUCGCCGAAUCGGUCGAACGCCCUCCGCGUUACGUUCGACGAUCGCGUCAGCGUCACGCCACCAAUGUCGGGGAGUCGACCCAACAGAGAAAUCAAGACGCCUCCGAGUGCGCAAAAGGGUUUGUUCACGAGUCGUGCGAAGUAUGACAAAGAGAAUCCCCUAUCGCCUUCGAACACGCAGUCGUUUUCGAUGCCGACCAAGGCUGAGAUUGAAGAGGCGCGUCGACUCGCGGUGAUGCACGAGCGUGCGGACGCCGUAUUCGCGUCGUGGUCUUGGUAG